UGAUUUGUUCUUACUUCUAACCGUUCCAAUAGAAUAGGAAAAAUUAACUCAAAUAAGAUUUGCUUUGAUUGGACUUCCUUCACGUAGCUUUGUUUUUCUGCCCAAUAUUAAAAUGACACGCCACACGUUAGGACAAACAUCUGCUUGUAAACUUGCCUGAAUUUUAGUGUGUGUGGGCGGAUUAAUGGCACAGUGAGCUUUUUUUUUUUUCGGCUAUCAGAGCAAGAACCAGAGAAACAACGGUACAAAAAGGAAACAAAAAAAGUGAGUAAAACAGAUACCAGAGGAGCGGAAACAAAGAAUUUAGGGCCAUUCAAAGCAGUAAACACGCUUGCUUGUCAGUAGCGUCAGGUUUCCAGUUUACUAUUGUAGUGGAUGGCACCAAGCACAUGGUAUACUUUCUAUGUUUAAUCAUUAGGGUUUUCGCCUUUCUGCAUUUGGAUGCAAUAUAAAACGAGUAGAAAUAAAAUAUUUGCAUAUGGUGUUUCGAAUUUCGAUUGGUGUGUCUAUAUAGUCUAUAGAAUCCCCAGUAAUUACUGACCAUAAACAGACGGCCUUGGGUGAUGUCAUUGAAAGUUUUCCCUCAUACAAGCUAGAUAACUUUUUUUAAUAGUUGACUUUCUAUGUAGUUGAAUAAUUUAAUGGAGUCUUGAAAUGGAUUGCUCCAUUUAUCCCCUGAGACAUGCCCAUCCCUAACUUUAGUCUUUUUGAGUAUGGAUAUCCUCAAUCUUUUUCUCAUUCUUGUUUCCCUUUAUAUAUGCAGCAGAGCCUUGUUCCAUAGCCAAGUGUGGCAAAAAUUAAAUUCCUACCCGAUUCCCUUUCUGACUAGAAGGCAAGCUACCAGAAAACUGUGGAUAUCCUGGAUUCGACCUAGGAUGCAAAUGUCACAGUACAAUUGUUCUAAAACUUCCUUAUUCUGGAUAAUUUUUUGUUGGCGACAUAUAAAUUAUCUGGACCAACGGAUAUCUCUGUAUGACCCUUAUAAUUGCCUUUCCAGGCGACUUCUCAUCUUCAAUCUUUCAGGUUCUCCCUUUCUUGCUGCUUUUCACCAGAACUACACCUUCCUAAACUGCACAACUCAAGUCACAAAGUCUCGCUUCACCACCAUUGAUUGCCUAAGCAAUUCAACAAAUUCCGUCUUAGCUAUUUCUUCCAAAAGUCUUGUGAAUUCAGUGGCCUCAUCAUGCCAGAUAAUUACUCCAUUGCCGAUUUCAGUCUCAUGGCUAGCUCAAUAUGAUGGCGCGUUCUCAGCUGACGUUGGUGAUGAUAUUCAACUAAAAUGGUACACACCACCUCAAUGCGGAGAUUGUGAAGCAGAGUGCGGUAUCUGCGGGUUCAAGAGCAACAGUGGUGAAGAAAUUGACCGUUUCCAUCUUCCUAAAUCAGGUAAGGAUCUUUCAUGCCGAAUCCGCUUAUGAAGCCAAAGGAGAGCACCAACAUGUACACAGACCAAAAAACACCUUAAUAUUCCAACUUAUUGGAAGGAUAAAAAAGAAAGAGAAGAAUGGGGUUUUAUAAGCUAAAUCAUCAACAUCAUCAUCAUCAUCAUCAUCAUCAU